CAGUCUGAAGCACUUUACGGCAGGCACAUGCCAGGUGCGAGGCCGCAGCGCCUGCUGCACGUUUGGCCUCCGUGCUCGAGGCAUUGUGGGCUGGCAGUGCGACCAUUGGGCCCCCUCCCACUGGGUGGUCAUGGCAGGCUUGGGAGCGCUACUUCGGAGGGCGAGAGCCUACGUGAAGACCAAAGAGUUCCGGGACUACCUGACCAGCACGCACUUCUGGGGUCCUGUGGCCAACUGGGGCCUUCCACUGGCUGCCUUCAACGACAUGAAGUCGCCGCCUGAUAUCAUCAGUGGCCGUGUGACAACAGCGCUCUUCUUCUACUCCCUGGUUAUCAUGCGCUUCGCCUACCGCCUGCAGCCUCGAAACUAUCUGCUGAUGGCGUGCCACUGCACCAACGUGGUGGCGCAGAGUAUGCAGGUCACCCGCUACCUGCACUACCACUAUGGCAGCCGCGCUGCACCUGCCACCGGGACCCGCGACCCGCCGGCCACCACCAGCCCCAGUCCUGCGUCCUCCUCCUCGCAGAAACAAGCUCCGUAAUGCCUGGGGGCAACGUUCUUUGCAGCGGGCAAGCACUAACUGAACUCUAUUCCUCCUGAAGACACACCGAUGGAAACUUUGGUUUUGACUCCCAAACAGUGCGAACCCCGGUGAAACUAGCAGUUUGGUUAAUAAAGAAAAG